AUGAAUCGAAUUGCAGUCUACGGCCAUCGGGGCUGGGCCAGCUCAGCUAUCGUCGCAGCCCUCAUCUCCUCCGGAGCCCCGAUUAAAGUCCUAUACCGUCCCGGGUCCGACAUCUCAUCUCUCCCCGACUCGGUUGCCAAGGUUCCCGUCGACUUGGACGAUCAAGACGCCGUUAUUGCUGCUUUGCGGGAUGUAGAUGUUGUUAUAUCCCUGGUCGGACACGAAGGCGUCACCCGCCAGCUCGGCCUGGUGAACGCCAUCCCCAAGACGAACGUGCGUCUUUUCGUCCCGUCUGAUCUCGCCGCGCGGUAUGACAAGCAGGGCCUGCGUAUCCCAGUCAACCAGGCCAAGGACGAGGUUGAGAUCGCAGCCCGCGCUGCUGGGAUUCCAGUUACAGUGGUCCUGACCGGGAAUUUCGCGGAGUUUGCCCUGGCUACACCGGCUAUGGGGGUAGACCGUCGCCAUAAUAGGAUUAUCUUUACCGGCGAGUCAGAACACAAGGCUCUUAAUCUUUGCACUCGGUCUUACGUUGCCGCCGCGUACGCCUCCAUUUUCGCCUCAACCCCCAUCGACCAACUCAGGGACCGAACCAUAGCGCUGUGCGAGCUCCGGGCAACAGGAAUGGAAAUAGCCCACGCUUUAACAGCGCAGCAUGGCUCUCGAACACUGUGGAAGCACGAAUCAGCCCAGUCUAUCAAUGAAGUAGUCGAGACGUCGAUUACGACUGGCAAUAAACUCGCGCUGGCGUUCUACUGCCGCAAUAUCUGGGGAAACGGGCAACAGACUGUGAUGAUGGGAUAUGACUUUUGGGAUGUGCAGGGUUAUCGGAAGGCGUCGUUGCAUGAGCUUAUUGUAGAGGGGGGGCUGGAGGGAUAUCGCGAGCUGCCAACGGAGAUUCUGGAGUUUUUUGAAUCGCAUUUCCAGCAGUGCGCUUAG